UCAGUUACACGUUGAAUUUGCAGUAGAUUGGUUCUACUGUCGGUGGGAAUUUAAACACUUAAAGUCAAACAAACAAAAACUAACAAUAGAAGUGCAACAAAACAGUAAAAAAUUUCAAAAGAAAAAAGCAUCAGCGUUGGAGAAGUCUACUGGAAAUCUAGUAACUGCAAUCAAAAACCACAAAAUGGCAAUCACAACCUACGUCUAUGCCAUGUGCCUUGUUUUGGCCGCCAAUUUGUUAACAGUGAAUGCCAUUCGGUGCCAUCAGUGUAAUUCGCAUGACAACGAGGAUUGCGGUGGCCUGGUGGUGAACACUCCUCGUGCCCAGAGGGACAACCAGUACCUGACGGACUGCGUCCCGCCCAGCGGUGAGGUGGCCUUCUGCCGCAAGACGGUGAUCAAUUUCGAGCAGAACGACGAGCGCAGAAUCGAGAGAAGCUGUGGUUUCAUUCCGGAGAAGAUCCAAAACGCUUGCUUCACCGCCGACAACGAGGGCUACAAGCAGAUCAUUUGCACCUGUCCCGACGAGGGAUGCAAUGGAGCCAGCUCCCUGCUGGGUGUCCGCCAGUUGGGCUACAGUCUGGUUGGAUCUGUCGUCAGUCUGGCACUGGCCAGCAUGCUCAGGCAUUAGGUCAUCGAUCAGCUCACCUUCAGCUCCUGCAUCCUGUUUUCUCCAUUCAAAACGUACCUAAUCCUAACUGGUUAAGCUAAGUCUUAAAUAUUUUGCACUAAGUUCUUUGCUGUUUGCCAUAUUUAGUUAUGUAUACGUGGCAGCUAUUUCGCGUUUAGUCUUGUAUUCUGUAUUUUUAUAUUUAAUUACUAUAAAAAUAUAAGCAUCGUAUUUAAAAG